CGGCUCGCACCAAGGAGGUUGUCUCGCGCUCAUCUCGAGCAGCGCCUGUCUCGAGCGCCCGACCAAUCAGCGUUCCUCUGACGUGGCCGUAGAACCAGGUCGAACGACCAGGGCACGUCUGCACUUCUGUGUUCCUCACGCUGGCGGCAACAGCUGCUCCAGGUUGCAAGGCGCUGCCCACGAAAGGAUGAAAUCCAGAGGACCACGAAAAGUACAGGGACAGGAAGCACAGGAUCGAGGACACGGGAGUCUAGCUGGCUGACCGGCCAGAUGCGCCACUUCUGGAAACGAGGGCCAGCAAGUGGAUGGAGCAGCGCAGAUCACGUGGCUACACCAGCUUCAGGAGUUGGACACGCCAUCACGGUUGCGGGCGAACUUCGAGGCGGUUGUGAAGACCCGACUGCUGACCGCCUGGAACAUACUGAGAACGGGGACCGGCUAGAGGCGCUGCUCCGAUCUUGUAGCCAGGUCGUUGCGACGGGGACGAGAGUGCUUCACGAGAUGACACGUCAUCGUACGCAAGGAACUUGCUCGGCGGUUUUGAAUGUCAAGCGCUACGACACCGUGUUCCAGUUCUUGAACUUCGGCGAGAAGAUUCGGCGUUUCGCAGUGAGGCUGCUCAUGGAAGCGGACGGUGUCCACCCGGUGUGGCCGUCAGUCACGUGCUGCGACGAUGCGCCGUUAUGUACUCGUCCGCGACGGUUGCCACCAUCGCUGCGCCCCCGGCGAUGUGGAUGCAUGGUGGCCGACGUCGACGUUACCAGGUUCAAAAAACUGCAAGGUGACGAUGGCGGUCAUUGUUUGUGCGAAGUAACGAUCAGUCACGUGCAGUGGUGAAGUCACGUGAUCCUCAGUGACGUCGUCAUCGCUGCCUGCCUGCUGUCACGAGGGGUCAAUGGCCACCCUGGGGACUGUGCAUUGUUCUGUAUGUGAUGCGCCGAUGGCACCUUUCCUGCAUCGGGCUACAUUGGCUCUUUCUCAGCGGUGCACCGUGCGUUUUCGGUGAUGAUGGUGCGGUCUACUGUGGCAUCCCCCUCCGCGGAGUGAAUGCGGUCAUGCCUGAACCGAAGGAAGCGAGUCGGCGUUGAGCAAAGCAACGCCAGGAAUGGUCAAAAAUGGCUGACCUGCAGAAUUGCGCGGCCUACUGUGGCAUCCACCUCCAAGGAAAGCACAGAGGGUCAUGGUUGUUCCCAAGACACCGAAUCGAAGUUAAGCAAAGGGAUCUCGUGGUAUACGUCACUGCCGAGGCCAAUGCCACUGGAACUUGCUCGGCGGUUUUGGGUGUCGACAGCUAUGGCACCGUGUUCCAGGCUUUUGAACCUCGUCGAUAGGAUUCGACGUUUCGGGGUGAGGCCACUCAUUUGCGUGGAAGCGGGUGGCCGUCAGUCGCAUGCUCCGUAGAUGCGCCGUUAUGCACUCGUCCGCGACGGUUGCGGCCAUCGCUGCACUCCUGGCAAUAUGGAUGCAUGGUGGCCGACGUCGACGUUACCGGGUUCUAAAAGAACUGCAAGGCGAAUAUGGCCGUCAUUGUUCACCCGAAGUGACAAUCAGUUGCGUGCAGUGCUGAAGUCAUGUGAUCCUUUGUGACGUCAUCGCUGCCUGCCUGCUGUCACGAGAGGUCUAUGGCCACCCGUUCCCUGGGGACUGUGCACUGUUCUGCAUGUGAUGCGCCGAUGGCAUCUUUCCUGCAUCGGGUUACAUUGGCUCUUUCUCAGCGGUGCACAGUGCGUUUUCGGUGAUGAUGGCGCGGUCUACUGUGGCAUCCAACUCCGCGGAGCGAACGCGGCCAUGUCUGAAGUGAAGGAACCGAGUCGGCGUUGGGCAAAGCAGCACCAGAAAUGGCCGAAAUUUGGCAGACCUAGAAGAUAGCGCGGCCUACUCUGGCAUCCACCUCCAAGAAAAGCACAGAGGUCGAGGUCAUGCACCAGACACCGAGUCGACGUUGAGCAAGGCAUGUUGCACCACGAGUCACUGCCGAGGCCAAUGCCGCUGAAAUACGCUGUUCGGUUUUGGAUGUCGGGUGCUAUCAGCAUCGUGUUCUACAUCGCGAGCCUCGUAGUCGACGUGCAAGAAACGUGUGCAUGGCAUCAUUUCCACUGCAGGAAGCGUCAAAAUGCUUUCAAGGAGCGACCUGCGAAUGACGUGUGCAUCGCCAGGAGCACAGAGGAUGCGCCAGAAUGUUUUCUGGCCAAUACUUUGGUUCCUGAGGAGUGUGCGCUGUUCUGUAUGUGGUGCACGGAUGGUAUCUUCCCUACAUCCGGCUUUGAUGGUUUUUCCUCAGCGGUGCAGAGCUUGCGUCCCGACCACAAAGACAGCGAACGUCGGCGGAAGCGGAUGACGUCUACCCGGUGUCGCAAGUAGCAGCGAGCUCUCGAGAUGCACCGUUAUGUUCUCGUCGGCGAUGGUUCGCGGUAUCCUUGCAACCAUGGUCAAGAAGGAUGGUUGCUUCCAGCAGCGUGGCCAUGGGACCUAAAGGCAAAUCUUUGCCGUGAACCCAUACACAGUGUCUUCGUGGCUCCUAUCUACAGGCAGAACAAGGACUUCCUUGGUUGAGGCAACACGUUGAUUCGUUUUCUCAUAGAACCUCUUAACGAUGCGGUUCAAAAUGUCCAUAAUUUGUUUUAAUGUGUUAAAUGGGGUUUGAAAUGCCGUGGCCAUUUUAUACACUGAAUUAGGAAACUACGCUUUUUUCUUUUUGCUAUUUACAAGAGAAAGUAAAAUAAUGCUAACGUCAAUUUUAAGCCUGUAACUGGACAGAAUAAUUUAUAUUACUGGAAUAUAUAUAUAUAUAAUUUUUUUUUCACGGAAAAUCUUAGAACCACCUUAGACAUUUUGCCAAUUUCACGUAAGCUGUAUACUCGUCUAUGAAAUGUGUCGGCGUCCUAUGCUUUAACGGAUGAAGCUCAUAGAACUGUGAUAUCUUUCGUUGGUGCAGAGUGACUUCUUUGAACUCUGUGCUUAGAUUUUUUUUAUUUAGCUCAUUUGACGAGACCCUAAACGAAAUUCUUCCCACUGCACCAUAGCGAGAAUUUUGUUUUUAUAUGCAACAAAUAUUAAAAUGGGUUCAGCGGUUCCCUAAUGGGAGCAUUAAGGAAAAGCUAUACCUCACUGUCACAACCGUAAAAAGAGUAUAGGAAAGCACCCUCAAGGGUGCAAAUCAGUUCAGUGUACAAUCAGUGCAGGUAAUCUUAUGUAGCCUUCGGGUCGGUCUAGCAUGGCAGUCUGAUCUUUUAGCCGGUGACCAGUUCGUGAAGCUCGCCUGGUUGUCGCCCGAGAAUCUCGAAGAAGCUGCAAUUUUGAGAUCUGGCAGAGGUGAGGUAUGUACAUCGACAGACCGUGAGCACUGUCUUCGUCGCCAUGACGCUGCACUAUUCGGCGCUGGUUGCGCGUUGUAGGUAUGCAAUGUGCAUGGCCCAGGAAAAUUAGGUGAGCGGAUGAGAUUUAAGAAGUUUGCAGGGACAACAUGGCCACAAUUAUCGCAUGACCGGGCGUAGCCAGGCUGAUGAUGAUGAAGUGCAUGGCAGAACUGCCCCGACGUUUCAUAGUUGUUCUUACGCGAAUCCGACGCAAGCAUUUUAGUAGCUACAAGGCAGCUACUCAAAGCUGCUGAGACAUAUUGUGAUGAAGACGUUAUUUGUUGUGAAGAUGGCGCUUGUUUGUGCUUUGAUGUAGACUUACGCGGAGACAUUCAGUGCUCUCACUGGCUAUUAUAUUUCUGCAGUCGACGUGCAAGCAACGUGUGCAUGAUGGCAUCAGGAGCACAGAAGGGAGCGCCAAAAUGCUUUCAGUGGUCGACGUGCAAGUGGCGUGCGCGCGCCAUGAGGGGCACAGACGAUGCGCCAAAAAGACUUCAUUGGGCGACCUGCGAAUGACGUGUGCAUCUCCAGGAGCACAGAGGAUGCGCCAGAAUGUUUAAUAGCCAAUACUUUGGUUCCUGAGGAGUGUGCGCUGUUCUGCAUGUGGUGCCCGGAUGGUAUCUUCCCUGCAUCCGGUUGUGAUGGUUUUUCCUCAGCGGUGCACAGCCUGCGUCCUAACCAGACAGGUUGCAGCAGCGUCCCCGCCGAGAUUGCAACUGCAGCUCUGAUGGGAAACCCAUACGCCAUGCCUUCUCGCCUGCUGGUCCGUGGCUGAGGCGACUUGCAAGCGACGUGUGCAUGUGGCAAGGAGCACAGAGGAUGCGCCAAAAUGUUUUUAGCCAAUAGUUUGGUUCCUGAGGAGUGUGCGCUGUUCUGGAUGGUGGUGCACGGAUGGUACCUUCCCUGCAUCCGGCUUUGAUGGUUUUUCCUCAGCGGUGCACAGCGUGUGUGCCGACCACAAAGGCGACUUGCAAGCGACUUGUGCAUUGCGCCAGGAAGCAGACGAUGCGCCAAAAUUUUUUAUAGCGACGUGCGAAUAACGUGUGCAUCGCCAGGAGCACAGAGGAUGCGCCAGAAUGUUUAUUGGCCAUUAGUGUCGUUCUUGAGGUGUGUGCCCUGUUCUGGAUGGGCUGCAUGGAAGGCAUCUUUCCUGCAUCCGGCUGCGAUGGUACGUUCUUGCUCAGCGGUGCACAGUCUGUGUCCAAUAUGAGAAACGCGGUCUACUGUGGCAUCCACCUGCACGGAGAAGGUGUGCUCAUUGCCUAAGCUGAGGAUUUGAGGAGCAAAGUCAUGGCGGCCCUGUGUCGCACGAUUGGGUUUAGUAGCGUACUGGGAACACCCAGGACAACCAAGGCACGGAACCUGCUGCAAAAAAUGCGGCAAGCAGUUCGACGGCUUCGAUGGACACUGCAUAGCAGUGAUACUCUUCAUCGUAGACUGUGCACCCGUCGAGGCGAACUUCGUGAAUACGCUGUGACAGCCAUUCGCGUGCGGCCCCGUGAAGUCCUCGUCAGCGAUAAACGUGACGAUCAGGACGUUCCUCUUGCAAUCUGAGGUAUCAAGAAUUCGUUCUAAGGUUUUACUCGUUCGACGCGUUGUGAAUUGGACCGCUCGCACUUUACAUCAGCACAUGCUUUCGUCGCAGCGCGGUCUACUGUGGCAUCCACCUGCACGGAGAAGGUGUGCUUAAUGCCUAAACUGAGGAGGCGAGGAGCAAUGGCGGCGAUGGGCCACAUCAUGGGUGGUCGCUGGUUCUGGACCACCUCUCACCCGAAGCCUCCUGGCCUAUUCGGAUCGACCUCGAGGGUUUAGUAGCGUACUGGGAACACCCAGGACAACCAAGGCACGGAACCUGCUGCACGAAAUGCGGCAAGCAGUUCGACGGCUUCGAUGGACACUGCAUGGCUGUGAUACUCUUCAUCGUAGCCUCGAGGAGUGACGCAAGCGGGCACUGUCACUUACGCUGUGGCAGUCGAUCGCAUGCAUCGCCGUGGCGUGUGGUGCACUACCCCUCGCUUAUUCAUCACCGAUUCCCUGGUGUCACCAGAGUAAUUCGCUGUGCCGCUUUGGACGUCGAAGUUUCUGCAUCGCAUUCCAGUUCGGGAAUUUCAUGAGUAAGGUUUCCAGCACGAGAUACACGGGUGGUCCAUUUGCCAUCGCCUGCUUUGGCGUCGACUAUCACGUCGAGGGCAGUGCUUUCGCUGCAUCUCGUAGUCAGACUUCAAAUGACCCAGUGGCUCUUGGGCCUGCCUCUGCUUCAAUAGGUGCCGAGUGCGACUGCCAGAACCGGACAUCCAUCGGUCUGCAUGUAACGCGCAUGAGAAUCCAUUGCCGAUGACCCUCGGCUCGUCUUGGGACAAGCACCUGACUCCAGAAAAUGUGGGCUGAGCACCGGCACUGCCCUACUAACAGCUCGCAACUGAUCUAUAGAAAGUGUAGUGGCCCAAUAAACACGACCUUCGCAUGAAGCAUCUUUAUAUCA